CUUUCUCUAACUUCCUAUCUUUCUCUCUCUUCUCUUUUUUAUCUUCUUCUUCUCUUCUUCCCUCCUUUAUAUCCAAUCAUUCGGUUCUUUCUCCAGGCUAACGGGGAUCAUGCUGAACUAAUUUCCGAAACCCAUUCCGAUCCUCCGUCGUUUCUCCCCUCUAUUCUAUUCUAUUAUUUUAUUUUAUUUGAUUUUAUUUUUUAUUCUUUCCUCUUUAACCGGGAAAAUAAAACAAUAAAAUAAAAUAAAAUAAAGAGAUAAUUCUAAUAUACUAAUAAAAUAAUAAAAUAUCUGACUUGGCGAGUGACGACCGCCAAGUCUACACCCUCAAUGCCAGUCUCCAAUUCUGCAUUCCAAGGACAUCGUCGUCAGUCGUCCACGACGACCGCUAUUCCUUCCAUCUCAACCCACCCUGCCCCGACUCCCUCCUCGUCUUCCUCCAUUCAGCAGCCCAAGAGGGACCGGAAUGCCCAUCACUCCCGGGCCACUUCCUGGACGUCUGGUCACGAUCAAGGUCCCGAACCCUCCCCCGUCUUCCCCUCUUCCUCCUCGCGCCGUCGCGGGAACUCCAACGUCUCCCUGGCGCAAGUCUCCGAGGGCUCCUCCGGCCGAUACGACGACAACGACGACGACGAUUUCCACUUCCCGGACGACGCCGGCGACAAUAUGAAUCUCAAAAGUACCUCCUUCGAGUGGCAGGGCCACGCCCGCAGUCGCUCCGGCCACUCCAUCUCCCGACAUCUGUCGUCCUUCCCGUCCGAUCUCUCCCCGCAACCCCGGCCCGGCCCCGUGACCUGGAUGUCACUGCCCCGGAAGCAACAGCUGGGGAUCUUGGGUCUCUGUCGCGUCUUCGAUUUCCUGCAGGUCGCCUCCCUGCAGGCUUACAUGUUCUACCAGCUCAAAUCCUUCGACGAGACCCUCUCCGACUCCGACGUCGCGACCCAGGCUGGUAUCCUCCAGGGCGCCUUUACCGCCGCCCAGUUCGCGACGGCCAUCCCUUGGGGACGUGUUGCGGACGCCGAAUGGGGCGGUCGCAAGUUCGUGCUGCUGGUCGGCUUGUUGGGUACUGCGCUGUCGUGUUUGGGAGUUGCUUUUUCGACGUCGUUCGCGCAGGCCGUGUUCUGGCGCUCGUUUGGCGGUGCUAUUAAUGGUACUGUUGGUAUUAUUCGGACUUCUAUCGCGGAGAAUGUCAAGGAGAAGAAAUAUCAUUCGCGUGCUUUCCUAAUCCUCCCAAUUGGGUUCAACAUUGCUUCACUGUUUGGUCCGGUCAUGGGCGGCAUGCUCGCGGAUCCCGUCCGCGCCUAUCCCACCCUGUUCGGCCCCAAUUCGUCUUUCGGCGGCCAGACCGGCGUCGAGUGGCUGACGCGCUAUCCGUACGCCUUGCCCAUGUUCGCCAAUGCCUUAUUUUUGAGUGUCACGGCGGUCUUGGUCGGCAUGUAUUUCGAAGAGACCCUCGAUGCGUGCAAAGGAAAGCCCGGCCUGGGCACCUUCAUUCUACGACUCGUCGCCAAGGUCGUCCGUGCCGCCGUCCCGUCAUCAUCCCCCCUGCACCAACGGCUCCCCUUCGCCGACUACGACGAAGAGGGCCCACUGCUACACCGACACCGCGAGUCCGAGAGCUACGAGCUCGAAGAAAAGGCCGCGCGACCCACCGCGCGCGCCGCGCGCAUCCUCCCCUUCCGACGACUGUGGACCAAGAACGUGCUCUGCACGCUCCUGGCACAAGCCUUCUUCGACUUCCAGAUGGGCGCCUUCAACAACCUCUGGCUACUCUUCCUCUCGACCCCGCGCUACGACGCAGCCGACCCGGCGGCGCCCGCGCGCCGACUGCCCUUCAUCUUCACAGGCGGCCUUGGCAUGCUACCGCAGAGCGUCGGCUUCGCGACGGCCAUCCUCGGAGUCAUCGGCAUGCUGCUGCAAUUCACCAUCUACCCGACGAUCAACGGACGACUGGGCACAGCCAAGAGCUACCAGUACUUCCUGACACUGUUCCCGCUGGCCUACGCCUUCGCGCCGUACAUCGCGCUGGCACCGUCGUCGACCCCGCCCCCGGGCCAGGCAAACGGCAUCUGGGUCUGGUUCUCUAUCGUCGUUGUGCUGUUCCUGCAGGUCACGGCGCGCACCUUCACCCUCCCCACCUCCAUCAUCCUGCUAAAUAACUGCUCCCCGCAUCCGUCCGUGCUGGGCACCAUCCACGGCGUCGGCCAGUCCGUGUCCUCGGCGUUCCGCACCGUGGGACCUAUCUUCUCCGGCGGGUGGUACGGCUACGGGCUGGAGAUGGGCAUGGUCGGGUUCGCGUGGUGGCUGGUCGCGCUGGUCUCGGCCAUGGGGUGCGUCGCUGCUGUAUUUGUGUAUGAGGGGUCAGGUCAUGAGAUUCUACUCCCUGGGGAGACAUACGAUUAGUGUAUAGUUUCUUUCUUUUUCUGCAUUCUUUAUCUUUCUUUUCCUUUUUCCUUUUUUCUUGCAUCCUGCACUGCAUUCCUUCAAUGUUUCUUUCGUUGUGUUAUUUUUGAUCCCAUGUAUAUAUUUGGGUGGUGUCUAGUGACUUGUACAGUUGGAUGAUAGAUAGAGUAUAUAGAGUAUCGAGGAUACUUGGC